CAUCUACUGAAAUUUUUAUCCUUGGACUGCUUAAGUAUUUUAUCCUUACAGUUUUGUCCUAACACGUUCGACAGCAUAAGAAAACAAUCGAAGUGAAGAUAUUAGUUAAAUAAUUAAGAUUUGAAGCGGAGAAACAAAAUUGAGUGUUGUCAUACUUUAACUGCUCUGAUGUCACGCCGGCGCGUAGCGGGUUAGGUUUUGUUCAUGGCCACCAGGCAGCCUGCAAGCGACCACGUGAAUAUUUCGGAUACUAAAACCUUGUUAAAUGCUCGUUUACAAGUGGAUUCCAAUCACUCUACGACUGACUCUCACUCAAGAUUGAAUGGUUGCCUAGUCAAUAAAGACAAUCCUUGGGCGAAAGCCCCGGGAGCAUCUGGCGACGGGUCAGAUGCGACUACAUGUCAACCGGGUGCUUGCAGUAAAGACCAAGACUGGCCAACCCUUCAAAGCGCCUUGUCUCAAGUGUCACAAUGCAAUACAAGCACUAUAGUUACAAAUUCCAAAACAAAGGAUAAACAGAAGCGAAAUUCCACUGAAACCAAUACCUAUCAGGUUGAUUUAAAUGUAAAAUCUACGGUAACUAACCAUCAGAAAAAAAAGUGGGAACAAGCCUCGAUUGAGUAUAUUUUCCCUAAGCCUAACAAUAUUGAUGGGUUUGCUGGUUCGCGACCAGAUGCUAACCGAUGGAGUCGAUCAGGUGAACAUGAUAAAGAAAAUUACCACAAUGGGAAGUCUAGGAUUGAAAGUAAUAACUCAUCUGAGAAGGGGAAUUCUGUAUCAAAUGCAAAUAGUCUUGGAAGCUCAGGGAAUCGUCCUCGUCCAUUCGUUCGUUACAUGAGGUAUCCAAAAUCUAGUCGUCCUCAGCGUCGUCAACAACAGUCUUCCGGUGCCACUGUAAUGGCAUCCAAUCGUCAUAUAGCCGGAUCCACGAAUUCAGGAUCAGCAUACAAUGUCACGAAUCCUUUAUGGGUUCCAACUGAUGUCAGUCAGAUUGCAAAUGUUGGUCGUUUAUCAACUCAGGGUCAUCCAGCUCCACAAAGAAUUAACACCUUGCCUCACUUGAUUCCAAUUCCACUCUAUGGAUCAAAUCCUCAGAGUCCAUCUUUAUCACCUACAUUUCUUUCAGCUGUUGGAUACCCACUGUUGAUGAUUUACCCAACAACACCUGUGGCAGCACCAACAGUUUCUGGAGCUUCUGAUCCUAUCUACGACUACUGUACUGCUGCUGCUGCCGCCGCCGCCGCCGUUGCUAGCCAGCAGUCCAAUAUGCCCGUUGAUCCGUCAGAUGCAUCACAAUCAAGACCAACUGAUUCUUCAGAGCAACAGAAUCGUUUACUUCCUCAAUUUUGCACAACCCCACUAGUAUCACUAAAUGCAGCUCCUGCAUUGAACAAUGUUUUUACAUCACUAUUUCCGGGGACAACUAUUGCUCAACCGGCCAACUUGUGUUUUCUUGCAUCUUCAAGCAGUGAUCCUACAGUUCUUAUUCGUCAUCAGAUAUUGCAUCAAGUUGAAUUCUAUUUCAGUGCAGAUAAUCUAGCUAGAGAUAUAUAUCUUCGUCGUCAGAUGGAUUCUGAUGGUUGGGUGGAUGUUAAUGUGAUUGCUAAGUUUAAUCGAGUGGCGUCUGUCUGUAAAGAUCUGAAUGAUAUUCUAGAGGCAAUCAGAGUCAGUCCUUUGUUAGACGUCGAUGUACCGAAUGCUCGAGUUCGGUGUAAAAAUAAUCCAUCAAUAUGGCCAAUUCCUUCUGUUUCGCAUGAUAAAUUUCGACAAGAUGCUAAAAACACUACAGGUAGUUUAAAUCCAGAUGCUCCUGAAUUUAUUCCAUCUCAAACAAUGGUCAACUCAAAUCAAUCAGAACCUGUAAAAACUUCAGAUGAAACAACACCUACCACAUCAGCUCAAGAAGAUUUGAAUUUUUGUUUUUCAAGUGAAUGUCGUAACAAAUCAUCAUCGUAUUCUACUUCUUCACCGGCAAAACACACUCGAUCAAGUUUUUCUGAAUGUGAAAAGUAUCCGCCAACUACUCAUUGUCGAACAAGGACAUCGUCUACUAACUCGGAGGAUGAUUUGGACGAUGCUAUGCUCUCUUGUUUGAUGGUGAUUGCUCCGAAUACAUCGCAUGACCUAAUGAUUAGCUCUGAUAAUUUGGAUGAAGACUCAAGGAAAGAAAGUUCAGAGCCUUCACAGGCCACUAAGGUUGUAAGCGAUUCAACAGGUACUGAUAGUUCCGUGGAGAAAAGCAUUGAAACUCUCAUUGAUGAUCUGUGCAAAGCGAUUGAAGAAUCUCAAGUUCAUUCUGAAUCUAAUUUAACGGAACCCAGUGUAGCAAUGAAAUCCAAUAAAGAAGCAGCAAUAACUAGUAGUAGUGAGGCUACAACUGUCCCAUGUACAGAUGGCGUAGUAGCAGUACCAUCUACUACAACUAUUGUAUCUAUUGUUGACACUUCAACUAUUAUCACAUGUACUGCUGCUAACACUUCUCUUGUACAGUUCAAUACAUCUAUAUCUUCUGAUAUCUCUGUUGUCCAUCCUACUAUUUCAAUGCCAACAGCCACCCCUCUUUUGUAUACAGAAUCCUGUUUCCCAUACGGUCAUCCUUCGCUUCCCGGGCCAUUGUCAUAUACAAUAAUACCUACAGCUUCUGCAAUACACACGCCUGCAGGUUAUAUCUUACCAGCUCUUAAUCGUGCUCCAUUUUUAACUUCUUCUACACCAGUGUACUACAUUCCUCAAAUGAAUCCAAUCCCAUUGAUAUCUCCGAUUAACGGUACAUUUCCUCAUAUUCCACAACCCUUGAUGAAUUCAUCAUCAAUACCAUCCUGUGUAAAUUCUGAUCAAAACCACCAUCCUUCAAUCACUGGCACGAAACGUGAUUUGAAAGGUCGUACUAUUGGAUUUUUCCCUGUUUCCAGUGAUUUUGAUACGCAAAAUGCAGAUUUCAGUAGUGAUGCAUAUAAUAUGCAAAGUUCAGAAAGUCAUGAAAACAAAUCGUCAUCAUCAUCCAGUAAGGGUAAGCACGUUGGCUUCCUUCUACAUCCUGUAUCUGCUGCUCGUUCACAACUGCAAACCAAUUGGAGCGAUGCCUCUCCCACUACAACACAUCAGCCAAGUCAUUUGUUGCAACAAAAAGGCUUCACAUUUCAUGCCUACAAUCAAUUCCGUUCUAAAUGUCUCAGGGAUAGAGAAGCAAAGGGUAAAGGUCAAUCACAGGAAAUGAAUACGCUGUAUAGUUUUUGGUCCUUCUUUUUACGAGAACACUUUAAUCGAUCAAUGUAUAAAGAUUUUCGUAAACAUGCAUUGGAUGAUGCUAAAGAUAAUGCAAGAUAUGGGAUAGAAUGCUUAUUUCGAUUUUACAGUUAUGGAUUAGAACGUCAUUUUCGUAAGGCAAUUUUUAAAGAUUUUCAGGAUGAAACACUCAGAGAUUAUGAUGAUGGUCAUUUGUACGGAUUAGAGAAACUUUGGGCUUUCUUACACUACAGCCAACGGAAAGUGAAACUGGAACCACGUUUACAAAAUCUAUUGGAUUCAAAAUAUCGUACAUUGCAAGAUUUUCGUGUCAAUUUUGAACCACCGACUGGAUUUUUUGUCAAUAAAUCAUCACGUCGUCGUACAAAAUCCGAGUCGACAGUCACUUAUCAAACUAGACGACCAACAACACCAACACAUUCGUUGGGCUGUAGCAACAAUAACAGUAGAUCGCCUCCGUGUGAAUUUCAAUCUAGUAGUAGUAGAAGACUGUUGUAAUGAGAUACAGCGAUGGUGGUGAUGACAAUCAAUGGACAAUAAUAAUCUGCCUCAUUCGUGUUCAUUCAAUAAUUCAUCAGUGUGUGCGUGCAUGUGUGUGGUAUCUCUCUGUCUCUGUUGCUCUCUUAGUCUGUGACAAAUUCUCUUUGAAUUGUCCCCUUUAACAGUGUAUAUUCCCCUUACAUAUAUCUAUCUAUGUAUGCCGUAGUAUAACGAUAAUAAUAAUAAUACUAAUUGUCUCUCCGUGUCAUGUUGAAAAUGCGGUGGCCGCUUUUCUCUUAACAGACUGUUGUUGUCGUCAUUGGUGACGGUGUACACACCAGAAAUCGAUCAAUCAAUCAGUCAGUCAGUCAGUCCAUGCAUCUUCAACUUGUUCAACAAUUAAAUUGGAGUCAUAUCUGUGUCCGGUGCUAUCCUCAAUAUAAUAAUUACCAUUAUUAUUAUUAUCAUUAUUAAGUAUUAACUAUUUUGUCUAGCUGUUACUAUUACUAUUAUUAUUAUUAUUAUUAUUAUACACAAGGAUGCUGUUAUUUUCUCUAUUCUGUAAAUAAUAUCAACACCACCAUAUUGUCGUCAACUUUUUUCGCCUGUAACACUGUCACACUCACACACACACUCAGACAUCUCACUUAAUUUUCAUUCAUAUUAAUGAAACAUAAACACGUUGUUUUAUAAUUAAUUAAUUGGAUUUUUGUGUACGUAUAUGUAUAUGUAUUAGUCCACUACUAUAUAUGCGUGUAGUAUUCCUGCGUGUGUGUGAUUGAGUGAGUGAGUAAACCGACUCCUUUAUUAUUAUUAUUAUUUCUAGCUUAUUCAGUUCACUUAUGCUCUUUUGCAUAGACAUUAUUCUAAGCUUUAUGACCAUUACUAUUAUUAUUACUAUUACUAUUUAUUUGGGUAACAGGAGGUCAAUUUAAUUUGUCUUUUAGUUUCAUAUAUUCAUUUAAACUGAUGAUAAUGAUGGUGAUUAUUAUUUAAUCUCCUCGUUUUUCUAUCUGUCUAUCUCUAUCCGCCCCGCCCCACCCUCUCUCUGCUUUCCG